AUGACAGAGCACUAUGAAGAAGAAGACUAUAGUUUAGAACGUCAUCAACGUCCAAUCGUUUAUCACUCAGAAUACAAUGUAUCAGCAUUCGGAAUAGAGCAUUUGCACCCAUUCGAUACAUCGAAAUGGCGUCGCGUUAUUUGCUAUCUAAAGGAGAUGAAUCUAAUCACGGAUUCUACUCUUGUCGAGCCGAAUCUGCCAACUUUUGAAGAAUAUCUCAAAAGUGUACGAAACCCGCUAAAAGCCGCUCAAAUCGUGGAGAUCCCUCUUGUCGGGUGUCUGCCACCAUGUAUUAUCGAGAACAAACUUCUCCAUCCCCUCCGAUUACAAGCCGGAGGAUCGGUGCUCGCCGCGAAUUUGGCGUUAAAAUACGGUUGGGCGAUAAACGUGGGCGGUGGCUUCCAUCAUGCUUCUCACUCCGAUGGCGGAGGAUUCUGUUUUUAUGCGGAUAUCACUAUGGCGAUAUGCGAUUUGUUUGAUAAGAAAGCGAUCUCUCAAGCGAUUGUUGUUGAUUUGGAUGCUCAUCAGGGUAACGGUCACGCCCGUGACUUUGCCGACAACAAAGAUGUCUUCGUGUUCGAUGUAUUCAAUCCAAACGUCUACCCUCAUGAUCGAGAAGCUCGUCAAUUCAUUAACAAAGCGGUUCAUGUCGACGGUCACACGACUGAUACCUCCUAUAUCUCCGAAUUACGCAAACAGCUGACUCAAUGUAUCGAAGAUCGAGAGACGCUUCAUCCGCCUGGUUUCGAUUUCAUCAUGUUCAAUGCGGGAACGGAUUGUCUGUUUGGUGAUCCGUUGGGCGCCAUGAACUUGAGUCCACAGUGUAUAAUCGCUCGAGAUGAGAUUGUGUUCAAGUUGGCAAAAUCGAAAGGAAUCCCGAUAUGUAUGCUAACAAGUGGUGGCUACCAGAAGGACAACGCUCUGCUAAUCGCCAAGUCUAUCGAGAAUCUCAACUCCAAAAAUCUAAUCGAUCUCAGUAUCAAUUGA